GAUCAAUGAAGUAAAGUGGAGGUGCCUGUCCAGGGUUCGAGGAGCUACGGUCGCCUCCAGGAAGCCAGCAUGGACGAAGGUGACGUCUCCCCGCUGCGGCGCUUUGUGGUGGCUAAGAAGAAGAUCAGCGCGCUCUUCGACGAGCUGCUGGAAUACGUUGAAGAGGGCUCAGCGUUCAUACAAGAGACUCGCCGCAGUGAGGACCUGGAGGAGAUUGCAGAUGAGGACCAGGAGGCCCAGAUCCAGGCCGACGCCAGGAAGGUGUCGGUCAUCAAGGAGGUGCUCUCCCGGCGACAGAUGAAGGUGGCCUUCUUUGGCAGGACGAGCAACGGGAAGAGCAUGGUGAUCAACGCCAUGCUAUGGGACCGCGUUCUGCCCACGGGAAUCGGCCACACCACCAACUGCUUCCUGAGUGUUGAGGGCACGGAUCAGGAGAGGGCCUACCUCAUGACCGAGGGCUCCGAAGAGCAGAAGAGUGUCAAGACAGUGAACCAGCUGGCUCACGCUCUGCACAUGGACCACAGCCUGGACUCCGGCUCCCUGGUCAGGGUGUUCUGGCCCAAGUCCAAGUGUGCUCUGCUGAGGGAUGACCUGGUUCUCAUGGACAGCCCGGGCACGGAUGUCACGUCGGAGCUGGACAGCUGGAUCGACAGGUUCUGCUUGGACGCCGACGUCUUCGUGCUGGUGGCCAACUCGGAAUCCACGCUGAUGAACACGGAGAAACAGUUUUUCCACAAAGUGAACGAACGACUUUCGAAGCCCAACAUCUUCAUCCUGAACAACCGCUGGGAUGCAUCAGUGCUGGAGCCCGAAUACGUGGAGGAUGUGCGGGAGCAGCACGUGGAGCGUUGUGUCAACUUCCUGGUGGAGGAGCUCAAGGUGGCGGAGCACGAGCAGGCCCUCGAACGCAUCUUCUUCGUGUCGGCCAAGGAGGCGCUCAACUCCCGCAUGCAGCGCGCUCAGGGGAUGCCAGAGUGCGGUGGCGCUCUGGCCGAAGGUUUCCAGGACAGGAUGAAGGAGUUCCAGAGCUUUGAGAGGACGUUUGAGGAGUGCAUCUCACGGUCAGCGGUGAAAACCAAGUUUGAGCAGCACACGAUGAGAGCCCGACAGAUCACGGAGAGCGUAAAGGCCAUCAUGGACGCGAUCAAUAUCGCCUCGGCAAAAAAGAAGGUGCUCUUGCUGGAGCGCAGGGAGAGCCAGAUGGACCAGCUGGAGUUUGUGCGCAACCAGAUUAACCUGUUGACCGAGGAUAUCAAGAAGAAGAUCAAGAGCGUCGCCGAGGACGUGGAGGCCAAGGUCUCCAGAGCCAUGAUGGAAGAAAUCCGGCACCUCUCUGCGCUCGUGAACGAUUUCCACGGCGAUUUCCACCCAUCCCCCCAAGUCCUCCUUCUCUAUAAGCGUGAGCUGCUCAGACACGUGGAGGAGGCCGUAGGGAAGAACCUCGCCUUUCGCUGCUCCGGCGCCAUCAACUCGUCCGUGCAAAAGUCCCAGAAGGACAUGACCGACAGUCUCCUGCCUCUGGUGCCCCCUGCUGUCCGCAACCAGCUGCACGCGCUCCUUCCCCGCCGCACCUUGGAGCUCCGCUACGACCUCAACUGUGCCGCCCUGUGUACCGACUUCCGGGAGGACAUCGACUUCCACUUCUCCCUGGGCUGGACUGCCCUGGUCAACCGCUUCCUGGGUCCCGCUAGUGCCAAGAAGGUGCUGGAGACCGUGGACCACAGCUUCCAGGUAACCCACCCCCUGCAGAGCACACCGCCCCUCUGCAGCCGGGAGGAGGAGAUCCUGCUGUCCCUGGCCACCGGCCUGGCCUCGCUCACCUCGCGCACCUCCAUGAGCGUGGUAGUCAUCGGGGGGCUGGUGUCCCGUGCGGUGGGGUGGAGACUCAUCGCCCUCUCGCUGGGUCUUUACGGGCUGCUCUACCUGUAUGAGAGGGCCACCUGGACCACCAAGGCACAGGAGAGGGUGCUCCGGCGCCAGCUGGUGGAGUACGCCACCCAGAGGCUGCAGAUGAUUGUGAGCAUCACCAGCGCCAACUGCGCCCACCAGGUCCAGCAGGAGAUGGGUGCCAUACUUGCGUGGCUCUGCCAGAAGGUGGACCUCAGUCAGGAGGAGCUGGAGGGAGAGACUCAGAGGCUCACCGCCCGCAUCCAGAGACUGGAGGCCGUGCAGAGCUGCUCCAGAGCCCUCAGAAACAAAGCAUCAUACCUGGACACACAGCUGGAGCAGUUCAGUGACCAGUAUCUGCAGACUCCAUGAAGGUCAGAGGUCAGUUCCAAGACUGGGUGUCUCACUGUUGAAAAUGGACUAAUAUCUCAAGUACACGUUACUGUUGGACAACAUUCCCCGUAAAAUAACUGCCAAAAAAUAAAGGGACAAUCUUUGUACAGGUCAAAAUGGCACUAUUGGUAGUUGGUUUAUAGUUUUGAUACUGAGCAGCAAAAACCACUGGAUUUGUAGCAGUUAGAAACUAAUACCUUGUAUUUCUUCAUUGCUUAUGCUGUAGAAGCCAGAAUGUUGUGUUUAAACUUUGCCAGGGUUGACACGCAGGGGUCAAAGCUGCUGCUUUUGCAGCCAAAGGUUACAGGUUUGAAUCCCACCUCCAGCCCUACCCUUCAGCACUGUACUUUUACUGGAGUGAUUUAAGGGUAAGUUGCUGUAGAGAAAAACACCAGGUGAAUAUUCAUGUGACACAGCUCUGCAAGGCUUUAUGGGAACAUGCAACAC